CGAAGGAUGGAAAAUAGACUACGUAUAAGAAGAACCUCAUUGAGGUUUACAAAUUAGAGGAUAACAAGUAUUCCAUCAAGAACCUUGAAACAAUGACUCAAGAUGAAGAUGAGAGCAUACGGGCAUUUGGGAUGUGUUUCCAGAAGAUCUCUGACGUGCUGAUGAAGAAGGGGAAAAUCUCAGAGGUCGAGCGCUGUACUAUCUUCAUCGGACACUUGUCCAAAGGUAGGCAAAAAAGUAUACUUAGAGAUCUUCUGCGCGACAGGCUUGAUUUCUUGGAACUCCUAAAGCUCGCGAUAAAGGCAGAGGCAGACGAUUACAAGGACUUGGUGAGAGGGAUGAGGAGACGUGACUUCUCUCUCUACAAGGAGUAUGUCACUGAUAGAUGUCCUGAUUUCAAGGACUAUCCCUGGUCGGAGAAGAAUGAGGCCGUGGCUGAGGAAGUGAAGGAAAUACGGGACAUGGUGAAGGGAUUGAUGAGACAGGUUACAGAGAUUGUGACCACUAUAGGGGCCACGGCCUACCGAGACAAACCUGGAGGGCCCUAUUCACUUCGCUGGGACCACCGAGACCGCAGAGAUCGCGAGCCGUUUGCGCGAGCAACGAGGCUGGAUGAUUACCCACGAAGCCCUCGCUACGAGGCCGAUCGGGAUAGAGGCGACUCCCGCGGCCGAUGGGAGACAGAUCAGGGCCGACAGGAUGGAUAUAGGGACGACAGAUACGAGAGAUCGGACCGAGAUGGAUAUAGGGACGACAGAUACGAGAGAUCGGACCGAGACAGAUAUAGGGACGACAGAUACGAGAGGUCAGGUCGAGAUGGCUACAGAGGUGGUAGGUAUGAAAUAGGAGAUCGGGACUGGGAACGACGAGAUGAGUCGCGCGGACGGUUUGAGCGCGGGGGAGAUGCGAGAGAGCAGCGUGACGAGUCGCGGGGGUGGUAUAGCCGAGGGGACCGACGAGAUGAGUCACGAGGGCGAUAUGACUCGGGAGACCGCCAGAAUGAUUCGCGAGGGCGAUAUGAGCAAAAAGGGUCUGGAGGAGACCGCCGCAACGAUUCGCGCGGUCGAAAUGAUAGAGGGGGAUAUGGCGUCUCAUCAGAACCAUAUCCCAAGUCGCCUGACCCCAAGGCAGCCAGGAGUUCGAUCUCUAGAAGCGCAAAUGACAAGCCAUCUACUCCCAGGAACUCAUGCGUCUACUKUAGAGGAGAAGAUCAUAUCAAGAGGGAUUGCCCGGACCUCAAACGGGCAAUACAUGAGGGACUUGUCGUGCUUGACGACCGCAAGUACGUCAAGUGGGCAGAUAGUCUGGGAGAUGUAUCGAUGUUCCCUUCGAUGAAGGAGAAUGUCGAAGCAAGGAGAGUAAAGCCGAGUAAAGAAAAGGAGCCGGUCAGGAGCCAGAGCAUCAAGAUAACCUUUGAGAGGGAUAUGGCGACCACACCCAUAAGAGUGGCAGCCACCAAGUCGGCGAGAGGGUCUACAUCGAAGAAGACUGACACGGAUUACGUGAUGACGGAGAAGGACGGGCAGCGGGUCGAUGGAGAGGAGGUUAUCCUUUCGAUGCGAAAGAGGGGAGUGAAAAAGUUCUUAAUGAAGAGUUCGCUGGACGAGAUUGACACGGUCGAGCCACUGAGGCGGGCCCUUCGGCAACCCAUGCAGUGCUCUAUUCUAGAGUACCUGGCGGCAUCGAAGUCGGCUCGUGAUGAGUUACAGAUGAUCACGCGGAAGACUCGCAUACCUCUAUCGGAGGAGGGUCAGGGGGCCCCUAAGACGGAAGCUUCUACAGUAGCAGUAACGGGGGUGACUACCAAAGCGGAUUGCAUGGCGACAGUCCUUCUCGAUGGAAUGGAAGGUGUGCCUCCAGACAAGUAUUAUAUACUUGGUAGCAGGCCGUGGAGACGAUUAUAAACGAUGGAGCGGUACUCGAUGCUGUGAUCGAUAAUGGCAGUGAGGCUGUCAUCAUAGACGAGGACCUGCCAGUACAAGUUGGACUAGGCCUCGAUAGGUCAUACCUAUUUGACAAUAAAAAUUAAAAACAUGA